CUUCUUUUUUCAGCUAGUAGGCAUUUGCCAUUUACAGAUGAAGAGCAAGAGGGCUAGAAAUGUGAUAUGUGAGAAUCUGUUCUCUCUGUCUUUGAGUUGUGAUUGAUCCUGUUAACUAAUUUCUGGACUUAAGGCAAUAGUUCCGUUGGCUUCUUCUCUCCUACAACACGCAUGGGGUUUGCUUUGUAUCGUGAAAUUCAUAGGACCAUGCUUCUCUUUGGGGUAGAUGUAGGACCACGGUUCUAGAGUUGUUACUCUGCGACAAGGUUCUUUGGAAUCUAAAUGACAAUUGAAAAUGUGGCAGUCAUGUUGUGUGAAAUGCUCGGUGCGAUUAUAUUAGUACCGAGUCUCUUACCAAACUGGGGGACUGUAGUAUCCCCAUCUGUCAAGCGAAUAUUACAUGCUUCAGGAUCAUCGCUCCUGAAUCCUAGGGCAUUUUAAUAAUUUGAAAUGGGGAAUGAGACAGUUUUAUGCAUGAUGGUUUUAUGCGUCGGAUGGCUGAGAUGAAUUAGGAACAAUACUACUGGUGAGAAACUGAGUAUGGAGACUCAUGUGUGUCAUUAUAACCUUUUGGAUGCUAAUAAUUAUGAGGCUCCUUAGGCCAGUUCUUCUGAAGCUCGAGGUGAGGUAUUCAGUUAUUUAGAUUUCUAACAGAUAAAAUACCUGCAGAUACCCCUUUCGUAGAUGCGAAAGUACUUCCUUGAGAGAGCUCACUUUUUUUUUCCGCUUGCGAAAAAUGAAAUUAGCCUGUUCGAUGUUCAUCGACUGCUCCAAGGAUACUUUUAAAAAUAGAUAGAAGCAUAGUGAGUAGUCAAAACGCUUGGAGCCUCCCAAAUAAGCCAGCUGAAGUAGAUACAUGGGCUGGCUUACUAGCAACCUCUUGGUUGUGGUGAAUGAUAGCAUCCAGAUCAUCGUAAACUAAUGAUAGCAACUUGGUUUAUGUUCAGUUGAUGCAAUAAACUAACAGGGGAAGGCUCUGGGUUGUUCUGAUGUCGAACAUAGGAGGGAAGGACGGACGGACACGCUGAACCAGGAGUGUCACCAACAUCUCAACGAGGAGUCGGAAGGCGCAACGUGCGAUGAAACAAAUGUCGGGAACCCAAUUCUCCUCUCUCUCUCUCUCUCUCUGCGUCACCCCGAUCCCCCAAGGAUCAAGCUUUGAUUUUUAUUGUCAGGAGAACAAAAGCAGGGGCCCGAACUGAUAUCCUGGGCAGCAGGCUGUGGACCCCGGCCCAUGAAAGGGCCGAUUUCAUCGGUUGAAGAAGAAGACAGUACAGUACCCGCUACUCGAGAACCUGUCCUCUGCUCGUGAGUGAGAAACUUCUGUCCCUAGAACUUUUACUUUCGGUCGAAAUUGCCCCCCACAGUUUGGAAAGUACAAACGAAAGACAAAAAGGGUCCUUCACAAACGCUAGUCUCAAUCUAUUUCCAUGAUCAAAGUCCGACCCAGUCCAGGCCAAGCAAAGCAAUAAUUCAUGUUGUGUCAGCGCAGUCAGGUUUGAAGUAGAGAAGUACAGCGACUGGUCAGUGAACAGCGUUUCAAUUUUUCUCGUCCUGGUUCAGGAGAGAGAGGACUGAUGAGCUGCGACAGAGAGAGAGAGACUGCGUUGGAGGGUGCAAAAUGUUGUAAAACACAGUGUACUCCGGUUUUCUCGGGCCGGGCGGUGGUGGUUUGACUGAACUGAGCUCGCUCGCUAAAUCCAAUCUCAAGCCAGAUUACCGAAGCAAAACCCCCCUCCCUCCCUCCCUCCCUCCUCCUCGGAAAACCCAUCGUUGCCCUUCCGUUUUCCGAUUUCACCACGUACCGUCUUUAACCAUUGACACCUAUGUUUUUCACUUUCGCUCGCUCGGAAAGAAUUUAGAAUUAAAAGGAGUCCAAGGACGAAGAAGAAGAAGAAGAAGAAGCUUCCGUUGUUUUCUCCCACGUCCCCUCCCUCUCUCUCUGUCUCUGUUUCUCUCUCUCCCCCGUGAGUGAGCCCACGAGGGAAAAAAAAUCAAUUUUUGAACAGUGAAGGGGUCUUAAUGAUGGCGGAGGAAGUGGAUUUUGCAGAGGACAACGUUAAUGAGAGCGGAAGCUUCUGUCAGUUGCUGCUGGCGAAUGAGGUGGAGGUUGUUGAGCCCGCCAUGGAGAACCAGAGCUUCAUCUUCCCAAAGGACAAGAAGUCUCCUCAGAUGCUCUGUUUCGGGAGAGACGAAGCUGAACAGCAAGGCCCAGCUCUGCUUUUCCAUCAGAACCAACAAGCCACGGUCGCAUGCACUCCUCCUCCUCCUUCCUGCGCGAAAAGCACAAGCUUCAGCGCACUUCCCAAACCAAGUAAGAAGAGAGGAGGGUCUUGUCAAGAAUCGUUAGUAACUUCCACGGAUGAUGUCCAAAUCCGAAAAACUAGUAAAAAGAGCAAAAUUCAGAGCCCUUCUUCAAAUGCUCUUCCAAAGGGGAGGAGAGAGAAGCUUGGGGAGCGAAUCCUGACGCUGCAGCAGCUGGUUUCACCCUUCGGAAAGACAGAUACGGCGUCAGUGCUGCACGAAGCGAUGGGAUAUAUCAAGUUCCUGCAUGAGCAGGUUCAGGUCCUGUGCUCUCCUUACCUCCACCAGCCUCCCACACCAACCCACCUCUCUGUUGGAGAAAACGGUGGACCAGAAGGAUCAAGAAGGGACCUGAGGAGCAGAGGACUGUGCUUAGUUCCCAUGGCAUGCACCUAUCACUUGCAAAGCAGCAAUAAUGGAGCUGAUCUUUGGUCACCUUCAAUGGCCACCAGCUUUUCUUCUUCUUCCACCAAAGAGUAAAAGAGAGAAUUGGCCAGCUUCAAUUUCCAAGUUUUAGGGCAAAGCUAGGGUACUUUUGAAGAGGAGUGAUGGGACUCUGCUUGCCUUGACAUUUUGAAGGAAAGAGGCCAAGGAAAGACGUGACAAAACUUAGCAUAAAAAGGUAGGUAAAGAGAGAAACAGUCCAAGUGCAAAAGAUAGUACAUUUUCCACUUCUUGGGGGUGAAGAAAGGAACAGUACUAAUGAAAUGAUAGGGCGUGGAAGUGGGAAAAGAAGAAAAAAGAAGUGGAAGGAAAAAUUAGGGUGUUUUUUGUUGUUUUGUGAUUGUGAAGAACAGAGUCACGAGCAGCUGUCUUUUUGCUCAGCUGCUUUGGCUUGGGUAUAGUCUUGUGCCUUGGCUGAUAUUGACUGUGUAAUUACAUGUGUAACUUUUCAUUUUUCAUACAAGUCCAUUGGUUUAUGAAAGGGACGAUCGGUUCCAAG